AAAAAAUCUUUUCUUAAUGUGUUAAUUCUAACAACAUUUAGGAACAAUCAUGAGAAACCAUAAAAUAUUACGUAAUAAAUGGAAAAAGAUUCGUCGUAAACGUCUGAGACAAAAAAAAGCUUCAGAACGAGAAGAAUUAUAUGUAAAACAAGAACAAAAUCUUUUAAACUCUCCAACUUAUCAAAAGUGGUUGAAAAGCCAUGAAGAAAUCGAAGAAUUUGAACAAAAAGAAAAUGAACGUAAUGCUUUGGUGCUAUACAAUGAAUGGAUUGAACGAGAAUAUGCAGCUACAAGAGAAUGGGAACUCCUACAAAAUAAGUUGAAUAAAAUUAAGCAAGAUAAAGCUCGAAAAGAUUUAUUAAUAAAAUUAGAGUGGGAAAAAGAACAAAAAAAAAUUAAAGAAAUUGAAGAAAAUAAGAAAAAGGAAAUGCAACUUCAGGAAGAAAUAAAUGCUAAAUUUAUUGAAAAAAUAGAAAUGUACAUUAAUGGUAUUGGUCCUUUACCCGAAUCUUUAAAUGUUAGUACAAAUACAAGACCAGAUCAACCACUAUGUCCUUUUUUUUCCAAAGUUGCUGCUUGUCGCUUUCGUGAUAACUGUUCAAGAAAUCAUGUUCGACCUGGCAUAAGUAACACAUUGUUAAUUCCAGGUUUUUAUAAAAAUUUUGAAUUGAAUAUGCGAUAUGAACGUGAAUUUGACAUUGAUAUUAGUCUAGAAUGUGAUGAAAAAGAAGCAUAUGAAAAAUUUUAUGAUUUUUUUGAAGAUAUAUUAGUUGAGCUUAAAAACUAUGGACAGAUAAUUGAACUUAAUGUUUGUAGAAAUCAAGAAAUACAUUUAUUGGGAAAUGUUUAUGUUCAAUAUAGAAGUAGACGACAUUCUUUGAAAGCAUAUCGUAACUUGUGUGGUCGCUAUUAUGGCGGACGUAAAAUAACAGCAGAAUUCUGUAACAUUCCUUCAUGGUCAGAAGCAGUAUGUGGGUUAUAUUUUAAAAAUAUGUGUCCAAAGGGGAAAAAUUGUAAUUAUUUACAUUUAUAUAAAAAUCCAGGAGGCAGGUAUCAAUCAAAACCACAAAGAAAUCGUAAUGAUUCAAGUCAAUGUUAUAGAGAAAAUAAGAAUUUUUGUAAAUUGAAACAAGAACAUGAAGAAAAUUCUGAAAUAAAUAACAAAAGAAACAGUUCAAAAAGAGAGAAGAGGUUGAAGAAUGAAAAAUCAAGUACACUUAAAUGGGAUAACACUCCUGACCGAAAAAACAAAAAUUCUGUAUCAUAUAACUGGUCUAGUGAUGAUGAUUAAGAAAUAUUAUAAUUGUUAAACUUAAAUUUGCUAGAAUCAUCUUGUAUAAUAGUCUUGUUUAAAAUAUUUAGAUAAUGUUAAAAUAAAAAAUGUAUAACACUUAUUACACGUCCUAUUAAAAAAAUAUGUGUUUAUACUGAUAAAUAAAAUACUUUACCUAAUGUUGUAAAUUAUAUGCUAAUGCUAUAUUUUAACCGUAUACAUUGAUACUUUUUUUUUAAUAAUAAGGCUGAUAUAGUGAACUAUCAAUAA